CAGAGUGAACAUAGUGUGAAAUGCGGAAGUGAGAACAGCACUCCUCCAGUGUGUUCUCUCUGUUUCUGGGGAGAACUGCGGCUCAGACGUAUAUUUUUGCACACACCGCCAUCCCUCCAUUUCUUUUCGGGCGCUUUGACUCGAGGGAGCUUGCGAUGAGUCGGGGAAGCAAGUCCAAGUCGCCGGAGAACCACGGAAGCUCCCUGCUGAGUCAGCAGGAGAACGAGUACAUCAUCGAACAGCUCGGCCGCAGGUGUGCGACUCUGGCCACUGCGGUGACCCAGCUCUAUAUGGCUCUGCCCCAUAGCCCCGACCACUGGACCCUGCAGUACACAGGGGCCCUGUGCUUCGUCAAGGACAACCCUCAGCGAUCCUACUUCAUCCGGCUUUAUGACAUAAAGGAGGGAAAGCAGCUCUGGGAACAGGAGCUGUACAAUCAGCUGGAGUAUUGCUGCCCUGUGCCCUACUUCCACACCUUUGCUGCUGAUGAGUGUCAAGCUGGGCUGAAUUUUGCCAGUAAAGAGGAAGCGGAAAAUUUCCGAGAAAUUGUGGAGGAGAAAAUCAACCAGAGAGCCAAUCGCCAAGAUAAAAGGCAACUUCCCAAAGUUCCCCAUGGUAGAGAAGGGCUUCCACCUCUGCCUCAACCAAAUGGACCAACUAGGCAUCCAGGGAGCAUGUCCUCACCCUCACUUGCAACAACGAACAUCCAGAGUCCUGAUAUUCAGGUGCCCCAUCAGCGUCCCUCCCCUACCGGGUUUAUGCCCCGAUUUUCCAGCAAGAACAAGAAAGAGAAGAAGAGCAAGAAAGACAAAAAGGGAUCCAAACUGAGCAAGGCCGACAUUGGAGCUCCCAGCUGCUUCACCCACGUGUCCCACGUAGGAUGGGACCCCAACAACCUGGACCCGGACCUGAAGAACCUGCUUUCCCGCGCAGGGAUCAGCGAGGCCGAGCUGAACGACGACGAGACCUCCCAGCUCAUCUACGAUGUCAUCGAGAAGUCUGGCGGGAUGGAGGCUGUCAAAGAGGAGAUGAGGAGACAGGGCUCCCAUGCUCCUCCUCCUCCACCUCCUGGCCGACCGGGACUUCCCCUCCCUGUCCCCUGCAGCAUGGCCCCUGCCCCGCCUCCUGCACGGGGUCGCUCGGGGCCCCUGCCCCCGCUUCCGGGGCAGCCUCAGCAUGGGGGGCGGCCCUCACGGAGCCCUGUACCCCCGACAAACCGGGGUUCCCUCCCGCCCCUGCCCCCUGGGGGCAGGAGUGGGCCCCCGCCCCCACCCCCUCCCUCUGCUCACCAAUCUCCCCCGCCCCCGCCACCCAGCCAGCGCCACGCCCCAUGCCCCCCCCCUCCACCUGCUCCUGCCAUGUCCAUGGGAGGUGGGGCUGGUGGCCCCGCGCCUCCUCCCCCUCCUCCUCCACCUCCUCCUCCCCCACCUCCCCCUGCUCCUCUGGCAACACCCCUUAUGGCCGCUGGAGCCCCCAAAGCCCCGUGUGCUGCACCCCCGCCCUCAGGUGGGGGGGGUAGAGGGGCUCUCCUGGACCAGAUCCGCCUGGGAAUGAAGCUGAAAAAUGUGACGGAAAGCGCAGAGACGGCCCCACCUCCGGGGGAGUCAGACGAGGGCAUCGUCGGCGCGCUAAUGAUGGUCAUGCAGAAGAGGAGCAAAGUCAUACACUCCUCUGAUGAGGGAGAUGACUUUGGAGGAGAUGAUGAUGAUGAUGAUGAAUGGGAUGACUGAUGAAUUAUUUUUCUUGUUUUUCGGGAAAAUAUAAGAAAGUGUGAAGUGAGUUUGUCUCCACACCGCCUGGGCUGGCUCCUCUAUACAGUGUGAAUGUGUGAUGGGGGGCUACUGUGGGGCAGAAAUGAAUGCAGUGAUACCGCCUGCACCGACCAGCUGCGGGCAGUAUAAGUACCAGUUCCUGUUUGUGAUCAUGUGUAAAAGCCCUCACAGGAAAAAAAAACCUACUUAAAUUGAGAAGCGGGAACAUUAGCUUUUAUAAAUACACUGAUAAACUAAAGUAAAUUAUCAACAAUUGAUCUGGUAAAUGUUUUAAAUGUAUAGGAGUCCGAACUUCAAUACAUUUAAGUACUCUAUCUUCUGCCAUCAACAAGGCGAGUUUGUGGGUUGUGUCAUGGACUGUGAAGUAACCUAUUACUUCCUGGGUCACAGAUAUGUUUGUGUUCAUGUGUCUGCUCCCAGACUGACUGCUUAAACUGUUUUAAAGAGAUUUUUCACAUGCCACUUAGAGGUGUGAACGUUCUAUUGUUGUGUGUAUAAUAAACCAUAUGUUUUGCUUA